CACCGAGGGGAGCGGGCUCCGCUCGGCGCCGCCUUCUGCGACCUGGCCGUCCGCCCUCCGUCGCCGGCCUGGAGAGGCGAAGAGGACGAGGGGGCCGAGGCGUCCUCCGGGGACAUUGGCCCUCUGGAUUAUCAGGAGCUUGUAGUUGACAUUGAGGCCAGGCUGAGGAUGGAAGGUGUGGAACUUAAGGAAGAAUGGCAAGAUGAAGAUUUUCCGAUACCUUUACCAGAAGAUGAUAGUAUUGAAGCAGAUACACUAGCUGUAACUGGACCAGAGAGCCAGCCUGACUCAAUAGAAAUUAACGGGAAUAAAGUAAGAAAGAAACUAACGGCCCCAGACAUUAGCCUGACACUGGAUCCUAGCGAUGGCUCUGUGUUGUCAGACGAUCUGGAUGAAAGUGGAGAGAUUGACUUGGAUGGCUUAGAGACACCAUCAGAGAACAGCAAUGAGUUCGAAUGGGAAGAUGAUCUUCCAAAACCCAAAACUACUGAAGUAAUCAGGAAAGACUCAAUUACUGAAUAUACAGCAGCAGAGGAAAAGGAAGACGGACGACGCUGGCGUUUGUUCAGAAUUGGGGAACAGGACCACAGGGUUGACAUGAAAGCAAUCGAACCCUAUAAAAAAGUCAUCAGCCACGGAGGAUAUUAUGGGGAUGGAUUAAAUGCAAUUGUUGUAUUUGCUGUCUGUUUUAUGCCUGAAAGUAGUCAACCCAACUAUAGAUACCUGAUGGACAAUCUCUUUAAGUAUGUUAUUGGCACUUUGGAGCUGUUAGUAGCAGAAAACUACAUGAUUGUUUACUUAAAUGGUGCAACAACUCGAAGAAAAAUGCCCAGUCUGGGAUGGCUUAGGAAAUGCUAUCAGCAAAUUGAUAGAAGGUUACGGAAAAACCUAAAAUCUCUAAUUAUUGUACAUCCCUCUUGGUUUAUCAGAACACUUCUGGCUGUUACAAGACCGUUUAUUAGCUCAAAAUUCAGCCAGAAAAUUAGAUAUGUCUUUAAUCUGGCAGAACUGGCAGAGCUGGUCCCCAUGGAGUAUGUUGGCAUACCAGAAUGCAUAAAACGGUAUGAAGAAGAAAAGUUAAAAAAGAAACAGAAAAGAGUCGAUCAAGAGCUUAACGGAAAACAAGAUGAACCAAAAAGUGAACAGUAAGUUUGGCAUCUAGUCCAAACAAGACUGAAGAAUGUGUCGAUGAAGCAAUGCUUUUUUUUUUUCUCCAUUCGUAAUGCUUUUAUUGACCCUUAGUUUUAUGUAACCUGUUACAAAGUUGACUUGACUUUUUCUUAAUGGACUUUUGUACAGGAGACUGUUCACUGCUGUAUUGGUUUACAAAUCUCUUGAAUUUAGCUCUUUAAUAGCUAAUUAUGUUGUAAUCAUUUUAUAUUUUAUAUUGCCAUAUCAGAACCACACUUUAUAUAAAGCGGUUUUUGCAUUUGUUUAUUGAAUGACGCAUCUUCUUCAGUAAAAUAUUUAUAUGCAUAAAUGGUAAAGGAAAGAGAUAAUAUAUAUUUUUGUUUUUGAACAAUAUUUUUUAAUGUAUACCUGUCUUGUGGAAAAAUAUGCAGAUAAGUAAGACCAUGAUUUUGUAAAGUGCAUGUUAGAAUUUGUUUUCGUAAGUGUUUAAAUACAUUUCCUGGAUAACUUAGAAAAUUAAGUUGCUCAGAAUGAGAAACAGUUAAACUGGGUCUCAUGAAUACCCAAAGAUCUUAUUUGUUUAUGUACAUCAUCUAAAUAGAUAAGUACUAUCCUAAUUUUUUUUUCACUUAAUGUUUAUUGUUCCUUAAUUCUGAAGCUCAAAUACAAGUGCAUUGCACAUCUUCCUUUUUAAACUUAAAGACAAGUCAAAAAGCCAUCUUUGGAACUAGAGAAUUUAAGAGAUUUGGAAUUGGACUGUGUAUAUAUGUAUAUAUAUGGAACAUUUUAUCUUCUGGCCGAAAGUCAGAACUUUAUAAAAAUCUUAGGUUUGUUCACUAAUGUGAAAUAAGCUGUGUAUCCAGGGUAUCACUCCCCGGAACUGGUGUGAGUGCUGUGUGGUGUUACAGAGAGUGUGAUGAGUUAUAUACUGUCACUGCUUCUUCUGUAGAAAACAAGGGCUGCUUUUUAAACUGCUCUCAAUGUGGGCACUUGACCAGAAUACUUCCAUAUCAGUUCUUUGUAAAUGGUAGGUGUUUAGCCUAGUCAGAUAUGGUGUGUUUUCACAUUUCUUUUGAAUUGUGUUUGACAGUACUGUAAAUUAGGUUAACCUUGUAAGUCUUAGAGCACCAUUAUAUUGUGCCGUUUUGGAUGACAUGUUUGACAAAAACAUAAACUCCUUGUUUAAUUUGAUAAAUACCUGUACUUUACAUUGAAAUAAAUUGUACUUGUGCUUCCAGGAAGAACUUAAUUACCACAAAAUCACUUUAAAACAACAGCUUUAUCACAGGCUGGGGCUGUUAAGUGUGAUUCAGUAAUGUUCAGGUACAUGAACUAAUCUAGUAUUGUGUCUGCAUACUGGUGUGACCCAUAUGCAUUUGGUAAACUCGGCACCCUCCAAGCACACUACUCCCCAGCCCUUCCUCUAAGGUAUUUUACACAAGAGUGAUGUAGGGUAGCAAAAUGGAAGUGGAUGUGAGCUGUUUUUAAGGCUUAUUCUGUUAUAGACUGAGCACACACAUGGCUUUUAUCAUUGCCUUUCUUAGUAUGAAGUUGCUACUACACAAAGGGAUUUUAGUUUACUUUUUGUCCUCCUCAGUCAUGAACUUGGCACGCUAACUUAAAUCCAGUCAUGGAGAUGCUGGGGGAUUCCCAACAUGAGAGAUUCCUCAGCAGCCUUCUGAUUUAUCCUGGAUUUAUCCUCAGCAGCUGUAGGCGACCCUGAACUGUCAUUAUGGUGAAUCAAGCCAAAACCAUUACUGCAUGCGCAACUCUCAGCACCACUUGUGUGGGAGAAGCAGAGUAACAGCAACUUAGGCAUUCCUUCUGAGCUGGUAAUGGGAAUAUCGUGAACAAAAGAGCGUAGUGAAUUGUGGUUAUAUUCUUUGUUUAUAGAGCAUUCUGAGUAGUCUUUCUUCUGUAGGUCUUUUCAAAGUGGGCUGAGUUUCUUAAUAGGUGGUUUUCCACCAUGUUAAGUACUCAGUUCUUCUGUUUGAAAAAUACAGUGAAUAGUUUCAAUUCUUUAUUGUGUUUAUUGACUUCUGCUGUUGCAAUCAUUGUUCCUAACUAUAGCUGCAACUUGUUCCAAAUGUGAAAACUUUCCCCGAGUUUUUUUUUUUUCUUUUUUUUUUUUAACUAGAACUAGCCUGCAUUCUACUAAGACAUUGACCCCACAAUAUAAGCUUAAUCGUCUUUAACUCGGAGGGAAGUAUGAGAAAAUAUGGUCUAAUAGAGUCUGGCAGGACAGUUGGGUAGGAAGAUGAAACAAGGAAGUAAAAGAAAGAAAACUAUAAAGGCGUAGAGCUGUUAUUUAAGAUGCCACUGAAUUUGUCCCUUUUAAGGGAAGUACUGCACGCAUGUGUGGCUAGGGCUGCCGUUCCUGGAUCCAGCAAGAAAACGGGGCAGGUUACACACAGUAUGAGAAUAACGAGAUGUGGGGAGCAAAGGGGAACAGACUGUUAAUGCCUUGAAAUGAAUCGUGCUUGUGUUUCCACAAGUUCCUAUUUUCCUCUGCUUUCUUUGUCUCUUCAUACAGAUGCAGGUUUAAACAGACAGGGUCAGCAAUUACACUGCUCAGAUGAAAGUUUAGGACUGGGUUAUUUUUCAUAUUCCACGGUUGGUAAACUUUAAUGUAGUCUUCCAAAAUGGACAUCACUAGUACACCACAUUGAAUACCAAAAUCUGCUGAUUGCCAAGUAUGUAUCUGUAGCUGUGCUUUCUUCAAGUGCAGUUCCAGGAAUUUGUAAAGGUAAAGGAUCCGCUUUUGGAGAGAGACUUCCUUUAAGUGACUAUAUGGCAUUACUCUGUUUUUCUGUGAGUGCUCAGGGAAUUUGGAAGAGUAAUGGAUUUACUGCAGAAGCAGCUUUUUAGAUUUAAUUGACAGAUACAUUAGCAUUAGAAUUUAUUGGGUAGAGAAAGGCAUUUUCCUAAUGAGGUUGGUAUGAUUGAAUCUAAGACGACAGUUGCUUCAUCUUCCCAGUCCCACAUUAUAUGUGGACGAUUGAUAUCACACCAUCAGAAGGGAGGAGGAAGUAGGUUGAAAAUGGAGAUCACUCCACCGUUGUACUUUGCGCUCAUGCCUGUUCUUUUCCAGCCUGUAGGUAUAUUUGAAAAAUGAAUCACAAAACAAAUCUCAGAGGAAUGGGGUAUGUAGAGGAAUUAAUGUACUUAUAAGUUAGGUUCACUAUUCCAUUAGAGAUCUUAUAGAGAAUAGGAAUUGUGUAGAUUGAGUUGCUGGGAGAGUUAACUGCCUUGGAAAACCAAUUGGUAAGGGAAGGGGUGGGGAGAGUUAUCUAUUCAGCAUUCUGAGCUGGUACAGAAGAAUUACCUGGAUAGCCCUUCACAAACCCCCACUGCUUCCCAAGAUUCUGAAUGAAUUAGAUCGAUGAUGAGGCCCAGUAAUGUAACAUUCCUUUAAUGUUCUAAAUAUCAGUCGCCAUCAAUUUGAUUUCGACUCAUGGCAACUCCUUGUGUGUCAGAGUAGAACUGUGCUCAAUAGGGUAUUCAGUGGCUGAUUUUUCAGAGUGGAUUGCCAGGCCUUUCUUCUGAGGUGCCUCUGGGUGGACUUGAAUCCCCAACCUUUCAGUUAGCGGCUGAGCACAUUAACCAUUUGUACCACCCAGGGACUCCAGAGUUCUAAAUAGUAACUGAAAAUAGGGCAGAGUGUGGAAAGUAAAGAGUGAUACUAGAAGUUAAACAGAACACUUUGUUGCAACUAUGUAUAUAUAUA